AUGUCUUCGAUCUCGUCCAUUGCAAGGAAUCGGCUCAAAGUUGCUCGUAUCCCUGUUCGAUACGGUGUGCCGAAAUGCGAUUGCGAUGUUCCAGCUAAGGAACGAACUUGUUGGAAACUCACUAACCCUGGAAGGCGUUUUUGGAAUUGCCGAAACAAUAUGACUAACCUGAAGAAAUGUGACUAUUUUGAAUGGAAAGAUGAACAACAGGAAGAGGGAUACUAUAAAAACCUAUUUUAUUCUUUAAAGCAGACGUUGGAUGCUAAAGAGGAUCUUGGUGUGAUCAACAAGUUGAGGAAUAUGAUUGUUGAAUUGGAGUUUUUCCUGUCUAAGGAGAAGAGUGUGGUGGGAAUCAUUUAG